CUGCACCAUCUCCCAUUUAGAGUGAAAUUGAUUUACUCCUUUCAGCUAAAUGAGAUUUUCAAGUUCAACACUCUUUUUGCUCUUACUUUCCUUUGCUUUUCACAUAAAUCUUAGUUCUGCUGAAGGUGCUGUUGAUUUUCGGAAGGGUUGUGACAUCAGCAACGGUAACUUCACCGCUAACAGUACCUACGAGGCCAACCUCAAUCGUCUCUUCUCCCAACUCUCCUCUGACCAGGAUUUCAAGUAUGGGUUCUAUAAUAUGUCCGUUGGCCAAAGCCCUGACCAGGUCAAUGCAAUUGCACUCUGCAGGGGAGACCAAAAGGAGAACGCCUGCAGAAGUUGCCUGAACGACACCAUCUCCGCACUGCAAAAAGGCUGUCCCAGAAACAAAGAAGCAAUCGGGUGGUCAGAAUUAUGUACUCUACGCUACUCAACGCGAAAAAUUUUUGGAGUUAUGGAAACCGAUCCUUUUCAUGCAUUGUGGAGAGUUGAUAGCCAAGCUGCGCCGCGUGAUGAUAAUGAUUUCGACAGGGCCAUGACUUUCUUGUUGAAAAAUUUAAGCGGCGGUGCGGCCAACGGAAAUCCACUUUUCAAGUUUGCAGCGGGUGAAACGAUUUCUUCCCAAAGAAUUUGCGCCAUGGUGCAAUGUACACCGGAUCUGUCCCAGGAAAAUUGCAGCGCUUGUCUGGCGAGGGGCAGCGACAGGAUGAGGUCACACUGCUAUGGAAUAACAGGCUGCAGAAUUGUACAACCCAGCUGUAUCUUAAGAUACGAGAUAAAUUUUUUUUUGGACGACUCAGCUGUUAAUAUCACAGAUGUGCCGUUUUCACCUCCUUCUCCAAGUCCAACAGAAGGUAGCUAACGAUGUGUGGAGAAGUUAAAUUACAAGAAACGGAAGGAUAAGGAGCUAUUGGAGAAAAAACAGAAAAAAGAAUACAAAAGGAAGAGGGAAGAAGCAAAGAGCAAUAAUGAGAGAGAUGAGGAGUAUGAAGGGAGUGAAGAAAGGAGAAAAGGGAAAAGGGCCUCGGUCUCAAGGGUCAAUCAUGAACGCGAAGAUGAUGAGAACUUUGAUGAAUUCCUAGAGGGAAUGUUUCCAUAAAGAUUGGUGAAUAAGUGUGUUAUUAUGCCAUGUUUAGGAUUUACGAUUACCAUAUAUAGGUAGUAGUUGCACUUGGGCCUUCAGGCCAGUGGCAAAAAAACCACAUUGAAGUG